UUGGCUCCCAAGGCCCCAGCCCACAUGCCUGCUUAAAGCCCUCUCCAUCCCUGCUCUUGCCCAGUCCCCGCCAAGGCAAGCAGACACCUCUGGGACCUGCCGGCAGCCCCUGUUCAGAGGGAGAACAGAGACCAUGUCUGAUACCGAAGAGGUGGUGGAGGAGUACGAGGAGGGCCAGGAAGAAGCCGUGGAAGAGGAAGACUGGAGAGAGGACGAAGACGAGCAGGAGGAGGCAGCGGAAGAGGAGGCUGACGGUGGGGCUGGGGCUGAGGAUGAGACGGAGGAGGCUCAGGCGGAAGAGGACGGAGAAGAAGAGGAAGCCAAAGAGGCUGAAGAUGGCCCAGUGGAGGAGUCGAAGCCCAAGCCCCGGCUGUUCAUGCCCAACCUGGUGCCACCCAAGAUCCCCGAUGGAGAAAGAGUGGACUUUGAUGACAUCCAUCGGAAGCGCAUGGAGAAGGACCUGAAUGAGCUGCAGACGCUGAUUGAGGCCCACUUUGAGAACAGGAAGAAGGAGGAGGAGGAGCUCAUCUCUCUCAAAGACAGGAUCGAGAAGAGGCGGGCUGAGCGGGCAGAGCAGCAACGCAUCCGGAACGAGCGGGAGAAGGAACGGCAGAACCGCCUAGCUGAAGAGAGGGCCCGACGGGAGGAGGAGGAGAACAGGAGGAAGGCUGAGGACGAGGCCCGGAAGAAGAAGGCUCUGUCCAACAUGAUGCAUUUUGGAGGCUACAUCCAGAAGCAAGCCCAGACAGAGCGGAAGAGUGGGAAGAGACAGACAGAGAGGGAAAAGAAGAAGAAGAUUCUGGCCGAGAGGAGGAAGGUGUUAGCCAUCGACCACCUGAAUGAAGACCAGCUGCGGGAGAAGGCCAAGGAACUGUGGCAGAACAUCUACGACCUGGAGGCGGAGAAAUUCGACCUGCAGGAGAAAUUCAAACAGCAGAAAUACGAAAUCAAUGUUCUCCGGAACAGGAUCAAUGACAACCAGAAAGUCUCCAAGACCCGCGGGAAAGCCAAAGUCACCGGGCGCUGGAAGUAGAGGCUGAGACUUCGUGGGCAAAACUGUUCCUUGCUGUGUCCCUGCCCUGCGCAUCCCCCGCUGCUGGGCCCUCCCAGGCACCCAGGGCAGACUCCUGCCUGGAACCCGGGAGCUGGCCCAGCUGGAAGCCAGCACUGCUGCCUGCCCCUGUGCCCGCACCGUGCCAGGAAUAAAAAGCCAUCGCACACUGCA